AAGCGUAGGAGUGGAGUGGUGUGGAGAGAUUCCCCGACAGCAAAAUCUAGAGGGAAAAGCAAUCCCCGUGCCCCGCGAGCUACCACUCCCGCGGGUCCCACUCGGCGGUGGGCCGGGGGCGGGGAUGGGCCCCGCUCUCCUCGCUCCCUCUUCUUCGUCUUGGGGUUCGGGGCUCUCUCCCCGUCUCCCGCUCACACAGACACGCCUGCCUGUUGCCUGACACAUGCUACAACCUCCCUGAGCCCUGUCCUGGCGAGCCCUCAGAGGGUUGCCGCCUCCUCGUCUUCCUCACCCCCCCCCCCGCCUCUGUGUGUGUGUGUGUGUCUUCCGCCCGGUCACCUGUGGCGUCACGCUUUAUAAGAGCACCCGACCGGCAAUCCCCGUCCUUACCCACGCCACGAGUCGAAAGCUUUUGCCCUUCGCUGCCGCUGCGCCGGUUGGGGAGGAAGAGCAGAGGACGCCGAGGCAGAGGAGGAGCAGGGAGAGGUUGAGAUGGCAGUAGGAGGAGGAGUGGAGGUGGAGGAGGGGGUGACGAGGGUGCUGCUGGUGGACGACUCCCCCGUCGACCGCCGGGUGGCGCAGCUCCUGCUCAGCAGCGCCUCCUGCGCCGGCUCAUUCCACGUCAUCGCCGUCGACAGCGCAAAGAAGGCCAUGGAGUUCCUCGGCCUCAAGGACGGCAAGGAGCAGGCCAUCGACAUGGUGCUCACCGACUACUGCAUGCCCGAGAUGACCGGCUACGACCUGCUCAAGGCCGUCAAGGCGCUGAACCCCCUGAAGCCGAUCCCGGUGAUCGUCAUGUCGUCAGAGGACGAGCCCCAGCGGAUCAGCAGAUGCUUGAGCGCUGGUGCUGAGGACUUCAUCGUGAAGCCCCUGCAGAGCAAGGACGUGCAGCGCCUCCGGAACUGCUCCACCGGCAGGCCCAACAAGGGCUCCCCGCCGUGCGAGUGCGACGCCGCGGCCAAGAGGAAGCCGCUGGUGCUGCCGCCCUCCGCCGCCGACGCGUCGCCGUCGGGACGGCGCGCGAACUUCGCCGGAGUCGCCAUGGUCCUGCACUCGUCGCGCGUGGAGCUCUCGCAGUACUUCCCGCUGCUGCUCAAGCUCGUCGUGUUGGUCUACGCCGUGCUGUGCGUGGGCGAGCUCCUGCACAGAUGGUCAUCGCGCGGCGGCUGCUCGCUCGCCCUCUGGUGCGCCUGAGCAGCGGCCAGCCGCAGUGCAGGGCCCAACAGGAGACUGAUGCAAACCCAAAGCUCUUCUCCUGCAGCCUCUGCUGCACCGAUCACUGGACGUUUUCAGGCUCCAACAGCCGCGGAGAUUUUUAGCUAGCCUUAGUUUAGGUAGAUUGUUUGCUUUGAGAUUCUUACCGGGGUUUUGACGAUGAGCCGGACAUGGUGGCUGCUUCGUGGCCUUCGUUCGGUGGGAGAGACAUAGGGAGGAGGAACGAACCCCUUGUAUCCUUGUACAGAAUCAAAAUGCAGUGCGUGAUCGAUCUGAGCAGGUGCCUGGCGUCCUUUUUGGCCUGGAUCUUGGGGGUGAUACGCUGAUGCGACACCGGGGGGCGUCUUUUCCUGCCUUUAGUCCUGGUGAUGGCAACUGCUCACCGGUUUUGUAGCUCAGACGAUCGGAUCCCAUGAGAAAGAGGGCAACACAGGUUGACUAGAUGUAGCACCAGAUCCUUCUGAUGGGGAAAGGUAGAAAUAGGUACCUCCCAACUCAAUGAUCAUGAUGUUUAUUACUUCUGUAAGAUUGAGCUGUGGAAUUGCAUUACCCUUCAUUUCAUUGUUCUACCUGUUA